GCCCCCUCGGCACAAGCAACUGAAUGGCACCGUGUCGGGGAGAUUAGCAUACGAUCGCUGAUAUAAAACUCUCGCGGAGGUCGAAUGUAACAGGUACAAGUCAACCCGAAGCGUGCGAGGCUCCGAAGCAACAAGUUGUCGUUCGACUCGCGCGAACAGCACGCGACCAAAAUCCAGAUACAUUCCCCCUCCAACAACCACAUUCCAGUACACUGUAAUCAAACGAGGUCGAGCAACCGACUUGGCAUAUAUCCACGACGUCUAUUGGAACAAUACAAGACUUCAUUCUACACAUGAAUUGCGGGAUAUACUUCAACAUCGCAUGACGGCAUCGGAACAUCUCAUUGUAAACUGAUUUAUAGUGGAAACGGACAACGUUUGGAGACUUGAAUUCUGCUUUGAACUCGUACAUCUCCUCAAGGUUAUAUAACUGGUACUGCUUCGCACCCGGAUUUCAGCGGACAUCAAUGAUUGUAUGCCUACCAUAUUUUAGUACAGUAUACUAUACUGAACGAAUUUCAGCCUCGCAGAGACGUGGAUAAUAUAACUGCACAAUAAUACCUAUACGAUGUCAGUCUCAUCUAGUGUUUUUAAUGAGAUCAUUUGUGAAGUGGGAUUCGAAUCUCUGUACCUCUUCUAUGCUUCAGGCCAAUGAACCACGUAAACUCGAGGAAUACCUUCAAACACAACAUCGAAGAUCACUGAACAGAUUCGCACAUGAUAUAGACGUAAUACCUCCUCAUCAUUUCACAGCCGUCAUCAUCGUCAUCACCCAACACCGGAACAAUUGGACCAGUCGAAUUUCACGUGACCCGUGACGUCAAACCCCUUAUCACAAUGAUUGACAUGGCAGCCCCUCCCACCCAACUCCACGCCAAUCACUUCGUUGAUAUGGCCCCGAUGUUGUCACUCAAACUCGGCCACGUCAACCCGAGCUUCUCCGCGAUCACCUCACCGACCGAUGCGGAUGCCGUAGCGAAGUUCAACCCGCUGCCAACCAGUAAGGUGAUCAAGUCUCGUCCACCUCACAUCACUUUAUCUCAACCCGGGAAAGCCUUAGGACGUGCAGAUACGACCAUGGCUCCAACACCGAGAUGCAACCUGGUUAGCCCGGUAGUCCAGAGUCCUACUCUCCCGAAUCCUGAACGCGUCCAAAUCAAAACCGACACAUCUGACGUCGAGGACUCGCGUUCACCGACGCUCAUCGCAGCCCCGCAAGUGAUGUUGACUGGUACCAAGCCAGACAUGAAGCCAGACAUCACCGCAGAGAUUGGUUCCACCGGCGGUGUAAAGCGAAAGCACUUUUCACCCCAGGUGACUUGGACCUUCCCGACCGUUGUCAACCCUGCAUUGGCUAGCCAAGGUCUCUCUGAGCUUCAGCAACAGCCCCAGCCGCACCAAGCACCGACCAACCCUCACCAGCAGACAUUCACCGUACAUCCAAGAAGUCAGAAAGUAUUUCAUCUUCCUCGUCAAGCCAUGCACGCACCGGUAAUCGAGCGGACAGGCUCGGGAAAAGUCGUCCGCCGAAUGUUCACCAACAGCAGAGAGCGAUGGCGGCAGCAGAAUGUCAACUCUGCCUUUGCCGAGCUUCGCAAGCUGCUGCCCACCCACCCUAUUGAUAAGAAGCUGAGUAAGAACGAGAUUCUUCGCCUCACCAUCCGGUACAUCAACUUCCUGAUGAAGCUUCGUGAUGACCAGAGUGACGGAAGUGACGUCGAGGAAGCCGAAGCUGUUGCUGCACCCAUGGAGACCUACGAGAACAUCGAACCCGAAAUUCCCUCUCCGACUCCGAUGGUGGUCAAAACCGAGCCCGAUCCCAACUCACCAAUCGAGGUCAUCGGUUACCCUCCGAUGACCUGCGAACCGGUCCGAAACCGAGCGAGGAGCAGCCGAAGUUCGUCCGAAAGUGGGAUCGGCGAUUCGGAAAGCAUUUGCGGGAGCACGGGAAGUGUCUGCGGAAGCGCGAACAGCGUUUAUUUCAGCGAAUCCAGCGACGAUCAGCUAUGUCCUGGCGACAUCAGCCCGCCUUGGUUCUCAUCGCCAGCUAGCAAUGAAAGCCUUUAAGAUACAACCUUCUUUUGAGAAAAAAAGAACUUUCGUGAACUAAACUUUGUCUUCACGCUCGCUUGAUAGAUAAUUAGAAAUCGCGAGGAGAAAUAUGAUAUUACUUGUACAUUAUGAACAUUUAUGUAUGCAUGUUGAUUCAGACAUUCCUAUAAUUCUUCAUUCCAUAUUGUAUUAAUCUUAUUCUGAGGAAAAGGCGCCGUAGACUUUGGAAGAAAAAAAAUGGAGAGACGAAAACUAUGAAAUUAUUAAAUUUGCCAUUCGGGACGUGAACUACCAAGCUACGUGCGCCUGCAGUAAUUUGAGGCAAAGCUGCAGAAUUAUUCGUGUGAGAUUGAUUGGAUAUUUUGCUACAUCAGCGGACCGUGGGAGGGGGACGUAGCAUUCUGUUUCCUCCUUGAGACGGGAAACUUCCCGGUAUAAUUGACACAUUAAACCGCCUGUUCUGCCAAGUUAAGGUGACCUGGACGGAACAAAAUGAAGAGGGAAAAAAGGAUUGGACUCGCUCUAUCCCUCUCUCCCGAUUCGCUCUAAUCCAAUCAUUUUUACUCUCUAUCAAGAAGAUCAUUCCUAUCUUCAUUCCUUCUUUCUUCUCUCAUUCCAUUCGUUUUGACGUGAUAGAAUUCCACCUGGGAGUUGCCAUUCCAGCGCGCAUGCGUAGUAACAACCAGACGGUUACAUUCCAAGUUGUCAAUUUGAGGCUUGUCGUAGUGAUGGCAAAAUUCUAAAUUUAAGAAAAAUCCAAUUAAAGCGUUUCACAUAUAAGAAUUAUAGCAGUAAAUGUAAGCAACAAUUAACGAAAAAGGAAUUGUUUUAAAUGUGUUAUGUAUAUGCUGCCAAGUUCUACAUUUCCCUGUUAUUUUAGCCGCAAAGAUUAUUAUAUUCAAUUCAUUAACGUUCAAUGAAAAUAUCACUGUAACAGAUGCUUUAUGUUGACGAUGCAUGUGGAUGAUGAAUCCACAAAUAUUUUAUUCAUGUUAUUGGUAUAAUGUGCAGCAUCUAAAUCAAGGAAAUGAAUAAGUUUCACAAUCUUUCUCAGAAUGUGUGAAGAUAAAAAUGGCAGAUUGGUUUGAUAUGGCUUAAUCAAUUGUGAAAAAAUAAUGCAUUGAUCGAUUCAGUGAUUUAAUUUCUUUUAGAAUCCUAUUUCAGAGGUUUAUAGAAUAUUUGUAUUCAAAUUAUUCAAAACGAAGAUUAUUCGCUCUGUCCUGUGAGGCAUUAUUAUUGAUUUGGAAAUAAAUUAUGAUUCAGAUGAUUUUUCAAAUUAUGUUUUAAAAAAAAAGUUCAUAUGGCAUUUGCAAAAAAAUGAUAUUGAUCGCAAUAUAUUUGGUCAGAUUUUUACUAGAUUUCUAAAUUUGAAACUAAUUUUCUUCUAUCGUCGUCUCGGCAAUGAAUCGCAUUAAGUAAUACGACAAUUAUUUACUAAUCACACAUGUAACAGACUCAUGUUAACGCUGCAUGUUUCUUGUUAUAUUUCUUCAUGUAUGUGAAAAAAACUUAAACUUAAGCAUAAACUUAUGGUUUGCACUGAAUAUAAGCAUACCUUUAUUAAAACUCCUUGUUAGUACAGGAGGAAAAUAUUCUUAAGUUCGUUUGACAUUCUAAAAAAAAUACUAAGCUUUCAUAUUGUUCAUAUGCAUUCAAUAAGAGUCUGAAAUUGUUUGCAACUUCAAAACAUUCUAUUUUGUAAAAUCUGAAUAAUUCCAGCAAAUCAAUGCUUCACAUUCCUAUGUCUAAAUAAAAGUAAGUGGAACGUCAGAUAAAAAAAGUCAUAGAAGUUAUCAAAAUCGAUAUUUAUGUAUAAAACACAUUGUUUGUAAUAUUCGUAAUCGUGUUUUGGGGUGUAAUUUUCGAAAACGUUAGUGCAUCCAUUGUCUAUUGUUUAAGGGAACUCACUGAAUAUACACCUAUGAACAGAAGUGCUCCAUUGAAAGACUUAUGUAUAUUUAACCUACUUCAUUAAGACCCAAUCUUAUAAUAAUUACAAACAGCUGCAUUGCCAGGACGGUCACAUAAAUGGCAUAAACAAUUUAGUAGAAUUGGCUGUAGUGUUGAAAUCAGAAGGCGAAUUGCCUGUACACUGCACAGUUUGAUAUUUGUUGUUUGUCAAAGAUCUGAAUUUAAAAUAUAGACCAAAAUCAAGAAAGCAAGGCAAUUUUUCAUUUUUACCACUAAACAACAGUCUAGCUAUAAAUUGUAACUACAGAAUCAAAUUACAUGGCCGACAUUUCUAACAAUACCGUUCAGGCGUAAACAUGUUUUGCAACCUGUUACCCAGACUGUUUAAAAUUUAUAAAUGAUAAGUCAGGUUCAGACAAUUUUAAUGACAUUUGUAUAUUCUAAAGAAGCGUUUACCAGGGAAGAUCUUAUAAUUCAAAUAUAGUAUAUAGAAUGUGAAUAUCAGGCCUACUUUUGAUGUGUUAUUUGUGAGGAUGGUAUUCUAUCCCAAUGUUUUUUUAAAACAUCAGUUUAAAAUACCGCGUGUUUCAGCGAUGACUGGUAUUUAAUAUUUAUUUGAACCACUCCUAAAUUAGGAACCAAUUGGUGAGUUCCCUGUCUUUAUCGGUUUUAAGUUUUAGUAACGGACAGUGACAUUCCAAACUAUUAAUUAAGUAAUGAUAUUUUGAGGACCGUUUCUUUUCCGGUUGCUAAAGAAAAUAUUAGAUUUUCAACCAUUCCAGUAUGAAAAUCAUGAAAACGCUGAAAUUUGUAAGCAUUCCAGACAUAUCAGCUGUAAAAUAUAUUUUGUCAUUUUCUUUUUUGGAUCAAAUGAGUAGAUGUUGAAAUUGAAACAAGAUGAUAAAACAUUGAAAAUUGAAAGCAUUCCAGGUAUAUUGGCUGUAAAAUACAAUUUCUUCAUUUUGUAGAUUGGUAUUUCUUGGGCAGGUGUUCAAAUGAUACUAAUGUUAUAAACAAAGUCGGUUGCAGGUGUAUCUUGAACAUUAGUGUUAUUGGAUACAAGAAUCAUAAAUGUGCCACGUUUAACAACGUUGUGUAAUCAAUGCCUAAAUUUUGCUUGCAAAUUGUAAAUCAUGGCAGAAUGAAAAGUAGGGGUAAUAGUGUACACCCCUGCGGCCCUCCACCCCUUUCUUCCAUCUGGUAUUGAAUGAGUAGACUACCCCGAACGCUUGUUAUGUGCUGUUUCAGGGGGUAAUCCGACACUUAUUCGUACAUCAUUCGGAAAAGAGGAGGUCUUUAUCUUUAAACUUCUAAAUUAGACGGUUCAUCAAAGAAUCUGAUUUUGAUUACACUCUACCUACCCACUUUUGUAAUAUUCUAAAAAUCUGUUCAAUAUAUAGACAGUUCUAACAUCAUUAUCGGUAUAAACAAAUAAGAAUAUGUUGGAGUAUGCCUGAGUUAAGAUUUACUA